GCAGUCAGAUGCCUCCUCAGCCACCUGGGAGCCAGUCAGAAUCCAGUUCCCAUCCUGCCUUGAGCCAGUCACCAAUGCCACAGGAAAGAGGUUUUAUGGCAGGCACACAAAGAAACCCUCAGAUGUCUCAAUAUGGACCUCAACAGACAGGACCAUCCAUGUCGCCUCAUCCUUCUCCUGGAGGCCAGAUGCAUCCUGGAAUCAGUAGCUUUCAGCAGAGUAACUCAAGUGGGACUUAUGGUCCGCAGAUGAGCCAGUAUGGACCACAAGGUAACUACUCCAGACCCCCAACGUAUAGUGGGGUGCCCAGUGCGAGCUACAGCGGCCCAGGGCCCGGCAUGGGCAUCAAUGCCAACAACCAGAUGCACGGACAAGGGCCAAGCCAGCCGUGUGGUGCUAUGCCCCUGGGACGAAUGCCAUCAGCUGGGAUGCAGAACAGGCCGUUUCCUGGAAAUAUGAGCAGCAUGACCCCCAGCUCUCCCGGCAUGUCCCAGCAGGGAGGGCCAGGAAUGGGGCCACCGAUGCCAACCGUGAACCGUAAGGCACAGGAGGCAGCUGCCGCAGUGAUGCAGGCCGCUGCAAACUCGGCACAAAGCAGGCAAGGCAGUUUCCCGGGCAUGAACCAGAGUGGACUUAUGGCUUCCAGCUCUCCCUACAGCCAGCCCGUCAACAACAGCUCUGGGCUCAUGAACACCCAGGCACCCCCCUACAGCAUGGCGCCCAAUAUGGUGAACAGCUCAACAGCAUCUAUGGGUCUUGCAGAUAUGAUGUCUCCUGGCGAAUCCAAAUUGCCCCUGCCUCUCAAAGCAGACGGUAAAGAAGAAGGCACUCCACAGCCUGAGAGCAAGUCGAAGGAUAGCUACAGCUCUCAGGGUAUAUCUCAGCCCCCAACCCCCGGCAACCUGCCAGUCCCUUCCCCAAUGUCCCCCAGCUCUGCUAGCAUCUCCUCAUUUCAUGGAGAUGAAAGUGAUAGCAUUAGCAGCCCAGGCUGGCCAAAGACUCCAUCAAGCCCUAAGUCCAGCUCAUCCACCACCACUGGGGAAAAGAUCACAAAGGUGUAUGAGUUGGGGAAUGAGCCAGAGAGAAAGCUGUGGGUCGACCGAUACCUUACCUUCAUGGAAGAGAGAGGCUCCCCCGUCUCCAGUCUGCCCGCGGUGGGCAAGAAGCCCUUGGACCUGUUCCGGCUCUACAUCUGCGUCAAAGAGAUCGGAGGUUUGGCACAGCGGGAAUUACCUACCAUGUUGGGUCUGUGGGUGAGGUUCAUUGCCUACCUGGCUAACAAGGGCUGCUUGAGCACAGCUGUGAUGCACGAUGCGAACUCAGGGUCCUUGCAAGGUCCUCAGACCCCCCAGUCAACCAGCAGCAAUUCGAUGGCAGACGUACAAGGCGACCUGAAGCCACCUACCCCAGCGUCUACCCCGCAUGGACAGAUGACCCCAAUGCAAGGUGGAAGAAGCGGUACAGUCAGCGUGCACGACCCGUUCUCAGACGCCAGUGACUCAUCGUUCCCAAAACGGAACUCCAUGACCCCGAGCGCCCCGUACCAGCAGAGCAUGAGCAUGCCUGACGUGAUGGGCAGGAUGCCCUAUGAACCCAACAAGGACCCCUUCGGUGGAAUGAGAAAAGUGCCUGGGAGCAGUGAGCCCUUUAUGACUCAAGGACAGAUGCCCACUAGCAGUGUGCAGGACGUGUAUAACCAGAGUCCCUCCGGAGCACUAUCCGGUCUGGGCAUGGGGCGGCAGCAGUUUCCCUACGGAGCCGGCUACGACCGAAGGCACGAACCUUACGGGCAGCAGUACCCAGGCCAAGGCCCUCCCUCAGGACAGCCGCCAUAUGGAGGACACCAGCCCGGCCUGUAUCCACAGCAGCCGAAUUACAAACGCCAUAUGGACGGCAUGUAUGGGCCUCCGGCCAAACGCCACGAGGGAGACAUGUACAACAUGCAGUUCGGCAGCCAGCAGCAGGAGAUGUAUAACCAGUACGGAAGUUCCUACUCCGGACCGGACAGGAGGCCCAUCCAGGGGCAGUAUCCGUACCCCUACAACAGAGAGAGGGUGCAGGGCCCCGGGCAGAUGCAGCCGCACGGGAUCCCGCCUCCCAUGAUGGGCGGCCCCAUGCAGUCGUCCUCCAGCGAAGGGCCUCAGCAGAGCAUGUGGGCGACGCGCAAUGAUAUGCCUUACCCCUACCAGAACCGGCAGGGCCCCGGGGGCCCGGCCCAGGCCCCGCCGUAUCCAGGCAUGAACCGCACGGAUGAUAUGCUGGUACCUGAGCAAAGGAUCAAUCACGAGAGCCAGUGGCCUUCCCACGUCAGCCAACGUCAGCCUUAUAUGUCCUCUCCCGCCUCCAUGCAGCCCAUCACGCGCCCGCCUCAGUCAUCCUACCAGACGCCUCCAUCACUGCCAAACCACAUCUCCAGAGCCCCCAGCCCCGCGUCCUUCCAGCGCUCCCUGGAGAGCCGCAUGUCUCCCAGCAAGUCUCCCUUUCUGCCCUCUCUGAAGAUGCAGAAGGUCCUGCCCACCGUCCCCACGGCCCAGGUCACGGGCCCGCCCCCCCAGCCACCCCCGAUCCGAAGGGAGAUCACCUUCCCUCCUGGCUCAGUCGAGGCAUCGCAGCCAGUCUUGAAACAAAGGCGAAAGAUUACCUCAAAAGAUAUCGUUACUCCUGAGGCCUGGCGUGUGAUGAUGUCCCUCAAGUCCGGUCUUUUGGCUGAAAGUACAUGGGCUCUGGACACCAUUAACAUUCUCCUGUACGAUGACAGCACUGUCGCCACCUUCAGUCUCUCCCAGCUGUCCGGAUUUCUGGAACUUUUAGUAGAGUACUUUAGAAAAUGCCUAAUUGACAUUUUUGGAAUUCUUACGGAAUACGAGGUGGGAGACCCCAGCCAAAAAGCACUUGAUCACAAUGCGGGGAAGAGAGCUGACGGCCAGUCCUUGGCCGACGAGUCUGGGAAAGAGGAGGAGGGCACCGAGUGUGUGGACGAGGAGGACGACGAGGAGGACGACGAGGAGGACGACGAGGAGGAGGACGACGGGAAGACGGAGACCGAGGAGAAGAGCAGCUCGACUCUGGCCUCUCCCAACACCACUGCGGAUCCGAAGGAAAAGCCCAGGCAAGCUAGCAAGUUCGACAAGCUCCCGAUAAAGAUAGUCAAAAAGAACAACCUGUUUGUGGUCGACCGAUCUGACAAGCUGGGUCGUGUUCAGGAGUUCAACAGCGGACUUCUGCACUGGCAGCUUGGCGGGGGGGACACCACCGAGCACAUCCAGACUCACUUUGAGAGCAAGAUGGAAAUUCCUCCUCGCAGGCGUCCACCUCCCCCUCUGAGCUCCACCGGGAGGAAGAAAGAGCAGGAAGGAAAAGGCGAUUCUGACGAGCAGCAAGAGAAGAGCAUCAUCGCAACCAUCGAUGAUGUCCUCUGUGCUCGGCCGGGGGCGCUGCCCGAAGAUGCGAACCCUGGUACCCAGACCGAGAGCGGGAAGUUUCCCUUUGGGAUACAUCAAGCCAAAAGUCACCGGAACAUCAAGCUGCUGGAGGACGAGCCCAGGAGCCGAGACGAGACUCCUCUCUGCACCAUCGCGCACUGGCAGGAUUCCCUGGCCAAGCGCUGCAUCUGUGUGUCGAAUAUUGUCCGUAGCUUGUCUUUUGUGCCUGGCAAUGACGCCGAAAUGUCCAAACAUCCAGGCUUGGUGCUGAUCCUGGGGAAGCUGAUUCUCCUUCACCACGAGCAUCCAGAGAGGAAGCGAGCGCCGCAGACCUACGAGAAAGAGGAAGACGAGGACAAAGGGGUGGCCUGCAGCAAAGACGAGUGGUGGUGGGACUGCCUGGAGGUCCUAAGGGACAACACGCUGGUCACGUUGGCCAACAUUUCCGGGCAACUAGACUUGUCUGCGUACACAGAAAGCAUCUGCCUGCCGAUUCUGGACGGCUUGCUGCACUGGAUGGUGUGCCCGUCGGCAGAGGCACAAGACCCCUUUCCAACCGUGGGACCCAACUCUGUCCUGUCGCCUCAGAGACUUGUGCUGGAGACCCUCUGCAAACUCAGUAUCCAGGACAACAACGUGGACCUGAUCUUGGCCACGCCUCCAUUUAGUCGCCAGGAGAAAUUCUACGCUACGUUAGUUAGGUACGUUGGGGAUCGCAAAAACCCAGUCUGUCGAGAAAUGUCCAUGGCGCUCUUAUCGAACCUUGCCCAAGGGGACGCGCUGGCAGCAAGGGCAAUAGCUGUGCAGAAGGGAAGCAUCGGAAACUUGAUAAGCUUCCUAGAGGACGGGGUCACCAUGGCCCAGUAUCAGCAGAGCCAGCAUAACCUCAUGCACAUGCAACCGCCGCCUCUAGAACCACCUAGCGUGGACAUGAUGUGCAGGGCGGCCAAGGCUCUGCUGGCCAUGGCCAGGGUGGACGAGAACCGCUCGGAAUUCCUUCUGCACGAGGGCCGAUUGCUGGAUAUCUCGAUAUCAGCCGUCCUGAACUCUCUGGUUGCGUCUGUCAUCUGUGAUGUACUGUUUCAGAUUGGGCAGUUAUGA